AUCGGAAACCCUCAGAGUGGCCUCCUACUUUCUUUAUCUUUCUCACCUUUUUGCACAGUCCUUCUGUUAUGGCACAUUGUGUUUAGACAUUGUGCGACCAUUAUACACUGUUUAGCAGUGGAACACGGCAGAAAGAGAAACCUGAGGAGUCCUCUUCAAUCUGUGAAGACAAAGAAACUCAGAUGUCCCGCUGAUCGGCUCACAAUGAAGCCGCUGUUCAUCCUCCUCGUUUCCUGUGCCUGGACUUUAAUUGGAGCUCAGAAUUACUACCAGGCACUGAUGGAUUAUCUGGAGAACAGAUUGUUGGCUAUUGAGGACCGCAUGCAGCUGUGGCAUGAACAAGCCCAUCAAUACCGCACAGAGAUGCUGGAUUUUAAAAAGCUAACAUCAGAGGCCAUGACGGGGAUAAAAAAUGACCACAACAUGAUGUUCAAAGACCUGAAAGGAGCUUCUGCUCGAGUGGACCUUGUGGAGAGGGAAAUGGACUAUGUGGAGACCCAGAAUUCUCCACGGGCUUGUGCAAACAAGGCUGAAAAAGUGUUGGAGCAGGAGGCCUGGGGUCUGCAGGAGAGAGAUGAGGUGGAGGAGGAGGAAGAUUGGGAGGAGCUGCAGUCCAGAGUCUCUGACUGUAUGGAAAUCAUCUCUGGCAUCAGAUCUGUGAAGAUCCUAAAGAGAAUAGGAAGCCCCAAGGGAAUGUGGACCAGAGAUCCCAAAUCCUCCAAGCUUUAUGUUUUCAAUGGCACAUCAGGAGACACGGUCUACGAGUUCAAAUCCGUCCUUGACUUUUCCAGAUCCUUGGGAGUGGCUGGGAGCAGGAUGAUCCACCUUCCCUCUAAGUGGACUGGUCCUGGAAGUGCUGUUUAUAAUGGCUAUUUGUAUUACAUAAAUCAGGAAACUGAUACAGAUGUGCAGGUGGUUAAAUUUGACCUGGUUAGUGGUUCAGUGACAGACAUCGCUAUGUUCCCUAUGGAGAGGAAUACUAUUCUUUACACUCUUAAUCCUGAGACUGUUGCAGACCUUGCAGUCGACGAUGAGGGCUUGUGGCUUCUUUUCACCCCCACAGACAGUGAACCAAACAUUAGCCUCGCUAAGAUGGACACUUCCACGCUUGACAUAGAACAAAUCUGGGACACCCGGUGCCCACGGGGGAACGCAGAGGCGGCUUUUGUAGUGUGCGGGACAGUCUAUGUCGUUUACAACACCCGCAUGGCCAGCCGAUCUCGAGUUCAGUGUGUGUUUGACGUGAAUGACAUGAUGCUAACUGAAGAGGCUCCUCUGCUUUACUUCCCCAGGAGGUACGGAGCUCAUGCUAGUCUGAAGUACAACCCCGAGGAGAAUCAGCUUUAUGGCUGGGAUGACGGCUACCAAAUCAUUUACAGACUCACUAUAAAGACGAAACUCUUAGCUUGACAGAAGAAAAAUAGGUUCAUGUUUAAAAAAACUGAAGGACAGUAGCGGUACAUUUCUUCUAUCUAUUCACAUAGAUUUGCUUUGAGAAGAAAAAUGCAUGUUCAUAUUUUCUAAAUAUGGUUGCUGUGCAAUAGAAGCUAACCCUAACCCUAACCCUUGAAUAGGUUAGGAAAGGUGCAUGGGCUAAACAAAACAUGUUCAUUACAAAAUCACUCUUAGAUAUAUUAGAUUUUAGUCUGCUCGCUUCUGCCUAUUUCAAGCUCUUUUCAGAUUGUGCUAGGGCUGCUCCAACUCAGAUGCUCAUUUAUACAACCAUACGUCUUUGAAAAGCAGAAGUGGAGCCUCCUGUACAACCAACAAGAAUGCAGCAGGUUGUUUCUGAAACAAAACACUUGUCUUUUCCAGCAGGUAUUGUACUGUGCAUAAAACCAGCUGGCCAAACAUCCUUGGUGCCGUUAAAUAUUUGACAAUGGUUCUUUUAUAUCACUGUGGAGGAAUUUCCACCGGGUCUUCUUUACAGAAUUUCAAUUUAAAUUGAAAAAAGAUCCAGACAAAAUUAAUUCAAUUAAGUAAUUUUACCCCUCUAAAUGUGAACUUACUAGUGCGCUCUGAGUCUCAGUCCCUGCUCAAAACCCAAGUGAUUGUGAGCCUCAGCACUCAAACUGAUGGCCAAAACAUUUCCAAACAUAAUAUCACUUUUCUUGGCUAUCCUUAGUGACUACUCCACUGUUUAGUGUUAACAUAGAAACCUUUGGAAGAAGUUGAUCUAAGUGUCUACUUUGAUGUAUACAGGAUAUGUACAGUAAAGUAAAAGAAAACAGAAAUAUAUGUUGUCAGAGUGGGCUGAUAUUUACUGGGAAAUGCAAAUACGUCAAAGUUCACUUCCACUUUCUGUUCCUUCUGCCAAAUAAAAAUGUGUGAAGUUGCAUAAAUGAUUUUUUGGAAACGUUUGUGAUUCUUCAAUUAGAGUUCAUAUGUGGUCUCAUCUCCAAGAGGGAACAGUUUUUUUUCCAUGAUUUUCCAUAUUUUAACAUUUGUUUUGAAGAUCUGAAACACAAAAUGUAGCCCCCCCCCCCAAAAAAAGGAAAAAUGAAUGUAAAUCUGAAAAGGAGCUAAUAUCUUUUAUGGACUUCUAAGUCAGACUGAUGUCAGUUUAGAAUUCUGCUUCUAAAGGAAGGGAAUAUUCAUUGGUACAAGAAGAGUAGCUGUAAGAUUAUAUGUAAGCAGCACUUGUGCAUAAUAUGCAAUAUAGGUGGAGUCUCAAACUUGAAACAUUGAUUUUUUUCAAAUGCCAAAGAAACCCUUAGCCCAGUGGUUCCCAAAGUGUGGGGCGCAAUACCAUUGGAGAGAGGUGGAAGGGGUGGAAGUGGUAUGGAUGAAUGAAAAAAAAAAAAAAAAAAACAGUUACAAAAGUGUUUCACU